GCUCAUUGACUUAAAAUGGAGUUUGCCAUGGUGGGUGCGGACGGCGGGUGCAAUAGUCACCUGCCUUACGGAUAUGCCCAAGCUCGCGCACGGGAAAAGGAGCGCGAGAGGGAGCGCCAGGCUGUCCAGUCGAGAGCGGCGGCUGCUGCGGCCGCUGCUGAAGGUGGGUCAGGUGAGGAGGGAGGAGGCGUGGGGGGGUCCACCUCGAGCGCGCUUCUCCUUAACAACCGCCAGCAUCAGUCUCGCGCCGCCUCCUCCACGACCGCCAACAUCGGCAGCGGCGGGACCGCCUCGCGCCCCUCCUCCUCCACCACCUCCUCCUCCUCCUCCUCCUCCUCCUCCUUGCAGCCGCCACAGCAGCAGCAGGAGCCCGAGCAGCAACAGAGAGUUCUCAGAGAGCGAAAAAAGCAGCGCGGCGUCGGACGGUGGAGACGCAGCCGGACGACUCUCGGCGGGGACCUGCGCCACUCGGAGCUGGCGCUGCUCGGAUCCGAGGAGGACAUCAUGAUAGAGGAGGAGGAGGAGGCCGAGGGAGCCGAGGAAGAGGAGGAGGAUGCGGAGGAGGAGAAGGGGUGCCGGGGAAGCAAGAGGUCGAGUUUUUUGUGCAACAUGGGUGAUGAGGAGGAGACCGUGUCGCUCACUGACAGGCGACCUCAGUCCGGAUACGAAAAUGUUUACAACGAGUGCGGCUGCUGCGAGAGAGUUGUCAUCAACGUGUCGGGUCUGAAGUUUGAAACUCAGCUCAAGACUCUCACUCAGUUCCCGGACACUCUCCUGGGAGACCCCGACAAGCGAAUCAGGUACUUUGACCCGCUACGGAACGAAUACUUCUUCGACCGGAACCGACCGAGUUUUGACGCCAUUCUUUACUAUUACCAGUCAGGGGGGCGGUUGAAAAGACCAGUCAACGUCCCGUUUGACAUCUUCUCCGAGGAGGUUAAGUUUUAUGAACUCGGGGACGAGGCGAUACUCAAGUUUAGGGAGGAUGAGGGUUUUGUCAAAGAGGAGGAAAAGCCUCUGCCGGAGGACGAGUUCAAGCGCCAGAUAUGGCUGCUUUUUGAGUAUCCGGAGAGCUCGAGCCCUGCCAGGGGCAUAGCGGUCGUGUCCGUCCUGGUUAUAGUUAUUUCUAUUGUCAUUUUCUGCCUGGAGACGCUGCCGGAGUUUAGGGACGAAAAAGAAUAUCUACAACCACGACACAACUCCACUCAACCUGACCACGGAUUUACUCCUUUCAACGACCCGUUUUUCCUUGUGGAAACGGUUUGCAUCAUCUGGUUCUCCUUUGAGAUUAUAGUCCGCUUCUUUGCGAGUCCGAGCAAACCGGAUUUCUUUAAAAACAUUAUGAACUCAAUAGACAUUGUAUCCAUUUUGCCUUAUUUCAUAACCCUCGGCACGGACCUGGCGCAGCAACAAGGCAACGGGCAGCAAGCGAUGAGCUUUGCCAUCCUGAGAAUAAUCCGCCUUGUCCGGGUGUUUCGCAUAUUCAAACUGUCCAGGCACUCCAAGGGGCUGCAGAUCCUGGGCCAUACCCUGCGCGCCAGCAUGAGGGAGCUGGCCCUCCUCAUUUUCUUCCUGGUUAUAGGUGUCAUCCUGUUCUCCAGCGCGGUGUACUUCGCCGAGGCGGACGAGCCCACCUCUCAGUUCACGAGCAUCCCCGACGCUUUCUGGUGGGCAGUGGUGACCAUGACAACGGUGGGCUACGGCGACAUGAAGCCCAUCACUGUCGGUGGGAAGAUAGUGGGCUCCCUCUGCGCGAUCGCGGGCGUGUUAACCAUCGCGCUCCCGGUACCGGUCAUAGUGUCCAACUUCAACUACUUUUACCACAGGGAGACAGAUAACCAGGAUGACCAGGCGCCGGUGGUGGAGAGCAUGCCCCCGGGCUGCCCGUAUUUCCCGGACUUUUUAAGGAAAUUCAAAGGCUCGCCCUCUGGCUCAUCGCUGGGUGACAAAGCGGAGUAUAUGGAGAUGGAGGAAGGCUUGACGGAGUCGCUUUGUGGUCUGGACAAGAGCCCCAGUAAAGGAAACGGCACAGACAUAGGGAGGAAAAACAGCACUAACUCAAAAUCCGUUCAGACUGACGUGUGAUUACAAGUAUAGAGUUAACCUUUUCCCCCGUUUUUUUCUUAAGAAGAAUACGCCCUAAUAGAUACUGUACAAGAGCAGGUGGUGCCCUAACACAAGUUUUACGCACGCCUCAGAGCCCACACGCACGCACGCACGCACACACACACACACACACACACACAC